AUCCGAUUUGUUGUUUAAUUGCAGUUGAACUUGUGGAAAACUAUUGAGAUGGCAAACAAAUCGCAGGUGCCGCUGUCGGCUGAAGAUUUAGACUGGAUACAGUUGCGCCAGGAUCUGGGACCAGUUGUCGAAAUCGAGACGACCAAAGAGAGACUUGUGCGUAAAAUCAAGGAGAACCCAUUGGUGCCAAUUGGGUGCCUGGCCACAACCGCUGCCCUAUCAGCUGGUCUAUACAAUUUUCGCACCGGCAACCGUAAAAUGUCACAACUUAUGAUGCGGACUCGCAUUGCGGCGCAAGGAUUCACGGUUGUUGCAUUGAUCGUGGGCGUCGCAAUGACAUAUGGUGAUAAAAAAUAAUUCAAUAACUGCAAGCAAACAUCGCUUCUCACUCACCGUACUCUGUAUGUACUGUUUAGCAUUAAUUAAACGAUUAUAAACCCAGAAUUGAUGCAUAUGCAUAUUGUUCUCUAUCUUUUGUGCAUCCCAUGCACAAAACAUGUUAUUAAGCUUUUAAGAUUACCUGUUUUCAUCUAAAUAUGUGGUCAAAGAAAGACCCGGUGAUAAUUGUAAUAAAUGUGUCUAAAAUGACUUAAAUUUCACACUUGGAUUUAUUCUCCAAGCAUUGCAUAACGUUGA